GACCCUGCACAGCACAAGUUGCCCCAACAGCAGCAGCAGCGGCGGCAGCAACGAGGCGCACGGCAGGAAAAAAGUUUCUCCACAGGAAUGGACAAGUUCGAGAGCAACGCGUUUCUUUUACACCUCACCUCCGCCAUCCCCACUACAGCGAGGGACUGGAUAUAAGCGUCGCACCAGAGUUUGGAUUUGUCUUUCUUUCUUUCUCCUCACUUUUUUUUUGUCGGAUUUGUUGCGCCUCAUCUGAAGGUAAAAAAAAAAAAAACUUAAAGAGGGGGUGUUUUCUCGAGCGGCCAGAAGAUCGAGAGAGGAGAAAAAAAAUAUGUGUUCCUCUACGCAGCCUCGCGGUUUUGCGAGGUUUGCCGUGGUUUUUGUCCUGUUUUUGAGACUGCAGCGUGGAUUUGGUGCAGGCUCCGGGACGUGUCCCCCUCCCUGCGCCUGUUUUGGGGAGCUGGUGGACUGCAGUCGGCUGAAGAGGGGCCAAAUUCCAGAUACGAUCCCGGAAUGGACUGUUCAACUGGACCUGAGCCAUAACAAAUUGCAGGUGCUUGACAGCACUUUGUUUUCCAAACUACAACAUCUGACUGAAAUAAAGCUGAACCACAACGAACUGGAGGCGAUACCGGACUUGGGACCUUACGCGUCGAACAUUACGACACUCAUUCUAGCAAACAACAGGAUCCCCAGGAUCUCCGAGGAGGAGCUCAGGCCCUUCCUGGCCCUGGAAACGCUCGACCUCGGCUACAACAACAUCGUGGAAAUAAAGGCGAGCUCCUUCCCCGCUCUGCCCCUCAAGAACAUGUUCCUCAACAACAACCGGAUCUCGUCGCUGGAGACCGGCUGCUUCACCAACCUGUCCAGCACGCUGCAGGUUCUUCGGCUCAACCGCAACCGCCUCUCUUCCAUCCCGGCCAAGAUCUUCCAGCUGCCCAACCUCCAGCAUCUGGAGUUGAGCAGAAACCGGGUUCGCAGGGUGGAGGGCCUGACGUUCCACGGCCUGCACGCCCUCCGCUCCCUGAAGAUGCAGAGGAACGGCCUCAGCCGCCUCAUGGACGGAGCUUUCUGGGGCCUCAGCAACAUGGAAGUCCUGCAGCUGGACUACAACAACCUGACGGAGGUGAGCAAAGGCUGGCUGUACGGCCUGCUGACUCUGCAGCAGCUCCACCUCGGCCACAACGCCAUCAGCAGGAUCCGACCCGACGCCUGGGAGUUCUGCCAGAAACUCAGCGAGCUCAACCUGUCCUCCAAUCAUCUGUCCAGACUGGAGGAAUCCAGCUUCGUUGGUCUCAGUCUGCUGGACGAGCUCCACAUCGGGAACAACCACAUUAGCUUCAUCGCAGACGGAGCAUUCAGGGGCCUCACGAACCUGCAGACACUGGAUCUCCAGAAUAAUGAAAUCUCCUGGACCAUUGAAGACAUGAACGGGCCUUUCUCUGCACUGGACAAGCUGAAAAAACUAUUUCUGCAGGGGAACCAGAUCCGCUCGGUGACCAAGAAGUCAUUCUCUGGUCUGGACGCGCUGCAGCACCUAGAUUUGAGCAACAACGCCAUCAUGUCCGUCCAAGCAAACGCCUUCUCUCAGAUGAAGAACCUGCAGGAGCUGCGUCUGAACACCUCCAGCCUCCUGUGCGACUGCCAGCUGAAGUGGCUUCCCGUCUGGGUGGCAGAGCAAACCUUCAUGCCCUGCGUCAAUGCCAGCUGCGCCCACCCGCAGAUGUUGAAGGGCAGGAGUGUGUUCGCUGUCAGCCAGGAGGAGUUUGUGUGCGAUGACUUUCCAAAGCCUCAGAUCACCGUGCAGCCAGAGACCCAGUCAGCCCUCAAGGGCUCCAACGUGACGUUUGUAUGCUCGGCGGCGAGCUCCAGCGACUCGCCCAUGACCUUUGCCUGGAAGAAAGACAACGAAGUCCUGAACGACGCAGAGAUCCACAACCAGGCCCACCUACGGGUGCAGGGAGGCGUGGGUGGCGAGACUGAGGUGACAGAGUAUACAACCACGCUUCAGCUUCGCAAUGUGGAGUUCUCCAGCGAGGGGAAGUACCAGUGUGUCAUCUCCAACCACUUUGGAUCAUCUUAUUCCACCAAGGCCAGACUCACAGUCAACAUGCUCCCUUCCUUCACCAAGAUGCCCAUGGACUUAAGUAUCCGCGCUGGAGCAACGGCUAGGCUGGAAUGUGCUGCUGUUGGCCACCCAUCCCCUCAGAUAGCCUGGCAGAAAGACGGAGGCACCGACUUCCCUGCCGCCCGAGAACGCCGCAUGCAUGUUAUGCCCGAGGAUGAUGUCUUUUUCAUAGUUGACGUGAAGACAGAAGACAUUGGUGUUUACAGCUGCACAGCUCAGAACACAGCCGGAGCCAUUUCUGCUAAUGCUACGCUGACUGUCCUGGAAACCCCUUCCUUCGUGCGUCCCCUCAUGGAUCGCACUGUGGCUAAGGGCGAGACUGCAGUGCUCCAGUGCAUUGCUGGGGGAAGCCCUCCCCCUAGGCUUAACUGGACCAAAGACGACAGCCCGUUGGUGGUGACCGAGCGUCACUUUUUCGCAGCUGCCAACCAGCUCCUCAUCAUCGUCGACGCCGCCGAGGCAGAUGCAGGGAAGUACACUUGUGAGAUGUCCAACGCACUGGGCACAGAGAGGGGCAACGUUCGGCUGUCGGUCAUACCCAAUCCUAACUGUGAUUCUGGAGGCCAAGGGGGCGUUGGGGUUGGCGUCGUGAGUGGACCAGGUUCGGAUGAUGAUGGGUGGACUACCGUGGGAAUUGUCAUCAUUGCUGUGGUGUGCUGCGUGGUCGGCACUUCGCUGGUUUGGGUGGUCAUCAUCUAUCACACCCGUCGUCGGAAUGAGGACUGCAGUGUCACCAACACAGAUGAAACCAACCUCCCUGCCGACAUCCCCAGCUACCUGUCCUCCCAGGGCACAUUGGCUGACAGACAGGACGGCUACAUCCCUUCAGAGAGCGGCAGCAGUCAUCAGUACAUGGCGUCGUCCAUUAGCGGCUUCUACCUGCAACCCAAAGACAUGAAUGGUCUUUGUCAGCUUGAUACAGGAAGUGAAGGAGACCUUGAGGCGGCCAUUGAUCCUUUGCUCUGCCAUUACCAAGGUCCAAUUGGCUCGCUACUUCGCAGAGAUAACAUGUACUCCACUGACCCAACAGAGGUCUUCUCGGGCUGUUCAGUCGACCAAAGGCCCGUCUGCAUUGACUCGUACUGCGGCAGCCUGACCAACUCUAAAAGGAGGGACUACUUCCUGUCGGAGCAUUUUGACCUCUGCUCCUCCAGUGUUCUGAUGCAGCUCCCUAACCCCAGUCAACAGAGCGAUCGUCGCCCAUCCACGGAGGACGCAGACAUGGUCGACUAUGGGAAAUCUCACGAGUGUCUCUCCCCGUGCAACACAUUCAUGGGCACAUUUGGGAAAGCUCCCUGGAGGCCUCAGCAAGACCUCUAUCCAGGAUUCAGCCCACCGCCGACAUAUAAUGAAAUAACUCUGCAUGAUAACCCCUACGCUGCUCCGGACGACGAUUCGGACCGAGAAGACGGCAACGUCAGCAAGGACUCGUCGUCGGAGCAGAGCAACAGUGUGUACGAACAGCCAUUUGACAGCAGUCGGACUGAUCCCACCUCACAGUGCAGAACGAGCACCUAGCUGUGACCGGGCGCCAAUCUGCUCUUGUUUUUCAUGAAGAGGACAACCAAAAGAAUGAACAUUUCUACCUCACUGAAUGGACACUUUUGCAAUAAAGGACUCCUCAAAUGUGCAACGAGUGAAUGUAAAGGACAAUUUGAUGUUCCUGGGGAAACGAAUGGGAGCAUACGAACAGCCGUUCUUCGAGGAUACAGAUCCAGUUAAAUAACAUAGAUGAAUAUAUACAUUUUUAUAUAAAGUCUAUUAUAUUUUGUAAAUUGUAUAUAAACAGAUUUCAAUAUUUUUGCUUACAUUUUGUGUACGAGUAAUUUGCAGCCCUGCCUAUUCAGUUAUUCCAGCUUUGAAUGAAGCAUUGUUUUGCACAUGCUGUAAGUAAACAAUAAAAACACCUUAAUGUGUGCUGCUACAUUCA